AUGGUGGGGUUUCAUGUCACUCUGCUUAAAGCUCAGCAAGAUCCAGACAAUGCCAAACAUAUUUUACGUAUUUUGAGGUGUUUUUAUCUGGAUUCUGGUCUUAAAAUUAACUUGCAAAAAAGCAAGUUGAUUGGAGUGGAGGUUUCUUAUUCUCAAGUGGAGUUUGUUGCUAGUAGAUUGGUUUGUACUCCAGAUUCUCUUCCUUUUGUUCAUUUAGGUGUGCCUGUUGGCCAAAAUAUGUCUCAGGUGUCCGUUUGGUCUAUUAUUGAGGAUCGUUUCUGUUCUAGAUUGUCGGGUUGGAAAGCAAAAAGUCUUUGUAUUGGAGGCCAUCUUACACUAAUCACGUCAGUUCUUGGAAUCUUGGAUUUGGAGGACACACAUAUGCAUUGGGUCCGUUGGGAUAGAGUUUUACCUGAUAAAAAAGAUGGUGGUCUUGGAAUUGGAAUGGAGAUUCUUUCAUAA